CGCUGUCAGACGUGAAGUGAAACGUCUGGUGCUUGGCUCGUACCGAAAACGAAACUUAACCGUGAGGUUGACAUUAAUCUCCGGGGAAGCUUCAGUAACUCGACACGUUAGCCACCCCGGUGUCUAACAUGGCGCUGCAAAUAUCAGCUCUACUUUCACAUGUCAGAGCCCUCCCCCGCUCCCUCGGCUCUGUGCCCCGUGUCCGUGCCGACUUCCAGAGAGCCGCGGUCAAGUUCAAACACACAGCGGCUCCAGGAAGCCCCCGGCCGGGAUGGAAGCCAGCAACAAGUCCUCCCCGCGGCCAUAUUAACGCUGCCGUCCGAACAGAGAAGUUCUCCACAACAACUGCAGCGACUCUUUGGAAGUCCAGUCCGGGCCACGGGGGGAGGAGAGGCUGGCUGGGUAAAGUAGCCCUCGGUGCGGCCAUUGGAGUGAGCACAGUCGCGCUGGUCCACUCUCUCCACACCGGGACCCUGUCCGCCAUGCCCGUCAAAGUUAGCCUGAACUCCGCGGAGGGAGACUGGAAGAAGACCAAGGACGUCUUGCUGUCUCUGUUGCUGAAGGACCGGCGUCAGCACUACAGGAUGCGUGACUUUGUGCCAUUGGAUGAAAUCCCAGUGUGGACCCCCACUGCAGGUGGUUCUGAGCCAAGCCGCUAUCAGAGGAAUGAGAAGUUUGACAAGAAGAUUUCCCUCUACAGCGGUGACAUCACCAAGCUGGAGAUUGAUGCUAUUGUUAAUGCAGCCAACAAGACUCUUCUAGGCGGAGGUGGAGUGGACGGAGCGAUCCACCGUGCUGCAGGUCCUCUGCUGAAGAAGGAGUGUGCUUCCCUCCACGGCUGUGAGACUGGAGAGGCCAAGAUCACCUGUGGCUAUGGCCUGCCAGCAAAGUAUGUGAUCCACACUGUGGGGCCGAUUGCUCAAGGAGGAGUUGGAGAGGAGGAGAGGAAAGCUCUGAGGUCAUGCUACAAGAAGAGCCUGGAAACAGCCACUGAAAAUGGUGCACGUUCUGUGGCCUUCCCCUGCAUCUCCACUGGAAUCUACGGAUAUCCACCCGAACAGGCUGUGCACGAGGCGUUAGCAACUGUGAGGGAGUACCUGGAUGCACAUCAUGACAAGCUGGACAGAGUCAUCUUCUGUGUGUUUUUGCCGACGGAUAAGGAGCUGUAUCUGAAGAACCUCCCGCUCUACUUCCCUGCUGCCUGACCAAGGGCAGCAGCUUAUUGUUCAGCUCCCACAGAAGCCUCUGUCAAGAGUAAACUCUGAGAGUGGAUUUGUCAGAUUUUGUUGCCGUGGAUACACACCGCUACGCUCGACAUCCAGAUUCCUCUUCCUCGCUGUUGACGCAUUUCAAGACCUUCCUCAGCUGGAAGACAACUGUUAAAUGGUUGAUUGUUGAUUUUGAAGCUUAAUGUCACCGUGUUAAGUGCACAUCAGCCUCUCUGCAGAUGUUGAUUCUGUUUUUUUCCACUAAUGCUUCAGGUAUUGUCGAAAUGAGAGGUGUGAAAUGAUGCUGAUGAGUGGGACUGUGUUCCCUCAGCUGAACUCUUAACUUGACCCUUAUUCUCUGUGACCAGUUGCUUUGCAGCAGGUUUACAAGCUAAGUCCUAUGCCAUGUUUGCUUUUUGAAUAUUGGGAUUUCACUGUGAGUGCAUCUGACAAAAGCUUAUUAAAAUGAAUUCCACUGGC